AUGAAUACAAUUAAACAAAAGCUAGAAGAGCUGUACGACAUUCUUAUAGAAAUAUCGCCAAUAGCAAGCCUCACAGACGAUCCGUUCAGUUUUAAUACAAAUUACUCUAUAGAACUGGCAGACAUACUUUCUACACUAGUUUCCAGGGCCGAGCAUGAGAAAGAAGAGAUUGACAGAGAAAACGAAAAACUACACUCAGAAAUAUUGCUGUACUGUCAACAGCUUGAUUUGAGUGCGCCAAUUGUGCCAAAAAUGCACAACUCCGCAUUGAAAAGGGAAUUUCUUAGGAACGAGCAUGAGAAAAUAUCAAUAGUUAGGAGCACUAUAAGGUCUAAGAUUGAAAUAUUGCAGCAAGAAAUUGAGGCAAUCAAGCAAGAUUUAGACGAUAUAAAUCACACAGUCGAUGUCGACAGCAUGGAUAGAGAAUACAACACUGAGGCGUUGCCUGAAAUUUCCUUGAAAAGAUUGGAGUCACUACAGAAUCUAAAGUCCUUACUUUUAGAAAAAAUGAAUGAUCUUGAGUCAAAAAGGCAACAUUUCUACGAUGAAAUAAUACUAGUCAGCUGUAAGCUGUCAAAAAAGAUAGAGCUUAGCUAUGAAGAAAGGAUCUGUGAUCUUAAGAGAAUGUUAGACAAGGUAACGAAGGAGUAUGAAGCAAAGACGAAGCAAUUUGAAUGCUUAGUUGAGGACAUAAAAAAGAGAGAGUCGAUAUUAAAUAUUAAGCCUCGUAGUUUUGAGCAUAGUUUGAGUGACAGUGUACUAAAAGAAAUGACAGAAUAUAAUGAGUAUCUGAAAAAUGAACAGAGAAGGUUGUUUGAUGAGAUUUUUGGAAGAACUUUGGCGGAAAUCAAAGAGAUCAACAUGUUUAUUGGCAGAAAAACCCCAGACUAUCCUAGGACAGAAGAAUCGCUAGUUGAGAUGAGAAAUGAGGUGGAAAGACUAUGCACUAUGAAAGAGUUGUACGUUGAAAUAGCAGAUAAGAUACAGAAGAGAAGAGAGCUUCUGGAAAAAAUGACAGAAUUUGAAAAGAUAGCAUCAGAUCCUAGAAGACUGUUCAAAUCCUCGUUUCAGUUAAACAGUGAGGAGAAGUUCAGAAACAGUGCAUAUCCCAGUCUUUUAAAAAUGGAGGAGUACUUUUUGAGAUGA